UCUUCCCCCGGCAGACUGAUACACUCUGAUAGAGCCUGGACGAGAGGGAUACGGGAAACAUUCUGGGGAUCCCGGUGUCAUUUGGUGGCAGAGACGAUUGUAAGACGCCGGGGCAACCGGUGUCAGUCGGGAGGAAAGAUAUCUGAAGGACUGAUCGGAAUUUCUGCACCAGAGCUGACUGAGGAAUCUUUUAACGCCAGGCAGAAGGCUCUAAUACAAAGAACGGAAAACAGUGAGCUAAGAGCGGGGAUUAAUAUCGAAAUAUGAACCGUAUGUAACCUAGGAAACAGCUAAAGUCCAGAAGAUAUGCGGUAUAAAUCAGCAUGUAGUCGUUCCAGUGCGGCAGGUGUAUAGCAUCACCGGUAAAUGUAAACAAACAGCUAUUCAAGCUAGUUGAAGUUAGCCGAUUGGGGGUUAGCUCUCCACCGCUAGUGCACACAGCUAACGUACGGUAGCUGUGCCCGAACGAAGGUAAACCCAACUGAACAAGCCUGUCGUCGUGUUCAAAACCAAAUUUAACCUCAGUAUAGUCGUCUGUAGCCGAUGACAGCUGCCUGUAUCGUCUCAGUAUGCAUUUAUUAGCAUAUUUAGCCUCUCAAGCUAACGUCGGCUAAAUGUUAUUCGCACUAGCAGCCCAGCACAAUAACAUCAAACUAGCACACUAAAUGUAGAACAAAGACGAUAUUUGGCAGUAGUACGUGUGUGUUUGACGUCGUGUGAAAUAUUCUGCUGUGACAUAUUAAACUCUUCGUGGAUUGGUAACGUUACAUUAAUGCUAGUUUAGACACCCAGUGUGGUCCAGUUGAUUGGCUGAAAGGAGUAGGACGUCGGGGUGAAGGGAAACAACUUAAUGACUUCUUAAAGAUUUAAUCGCAUCGCUGCCCCUAGCCAGCGUUGUCGCACGGCUGUGUGGUUACAUUUGGCUGUAUGGUGGGUGUAAUUUUUCAGGUUUGAGUCGCUGUGUGUUUAUGAACUACUCUUAGCUGGUGUGUUUGGUUGGUUUGUCCUCUCAGCGGCAGCAGUCGGCAGUAGUACAGUCAAACAGGCGACCGGACCUUCUGUUCACAGUAAUAGGCUGUAAGGGGAGCCACAGCUCAGCCAGGCGACAUGGAGUGGACUGAUAAAUAGACCUAAAUGACUAGUAGUUUGGGUUGAAUAUAGUAGGAGAAAACACCGGUAAAACAUAUGAGAAGUUGCGUGUAAACACUUUUUAAUUGUAGUUUUCUUGUCUGCAUAUUCUUCCACACUAUUUAAAGGAGACCACCGCCAUGUCAGAGUUUGUAUUAUGUAGCUGUGUUUGAGGGCCCAGCGGUAAGCCUCUCAGCUGUGUUUUGGUUGCUAGUGGCCUCCCCUCCCCCCAGUCUUCUGGAGGCUCUUGAUUCUCCCCGAGUGUUGGACACUGUUCGCCGGGUUUCCCCUUGAUUUUUUUUUUUUUUUAGCGUGAAGAAAAAGGCCGUGGCCUCACGUCGCAGUCCUCUGGACUCCGAAGCAGUUAAGAAGUGGAUGUAAUGGAACUGAUGUUCGCCGAGUGGGAGGAUGGGGAGAGGUUCUCCUUCGAAGACUCGGACCGGUUCGAGGAAGACUCUCUGUGCUCCUUCAUCUCAGAGGCCGAGAGCCUCUGUCAAAACUGGAGGGGGUGGAGGAAGCAGUCCGCUGGACCCAACUCACCCACUGUCAAGAUUAAAGAUGGCCAGGUGAUUCCACUGGUGGAGCUGUCAGCGAAGCAGGUAGCGUUCCACAUCCCAUUUGAAGUGGUGGAGAAGGUCUACCCCCCUGUCCCAGAACAGCUCCAGCUCCGCAUCGCCUACUGGAGCUUCCCCGAGAAUGAGGAGGACAUCAGGUUAUAUUCCUGCCUGGCUAAUGGGAGUCCAGAUGAAUUCCAACGUGGAGAGCAGCUCUACAGGAUCAGAGCUGUGAAAGACCCCCUGCAGAUUGGCUUCCAUCUCAGCGCUACAGUGGUGUCUAGUCAGGCCGGUCAGUCUAAAGGAGCCUACAACGUGGCAGUCAUGUUUGAUCGCUGCCGCAUCACUUCCUGCAGUUGCACUUGUGGUGCCGGGGCAAAAUGGUGUGCCCAUGUGGUGGCUCUCUGCCUUUUCAGGAUCCACAAUGCAUCAGCAGUGUGUCUGAGGGCUCCAGUUUCCGAGUCUUUGUCCAGGCUCCAGAGGGACCAGCUCCAAAAGUUUGCCCAGUACCUCAUCAGUGAGCUGCCUCAGCAGAUCUUACCCACAGCUCAACGGCUGCUGGAUGAGCUGUUGUCCUCUCAGUCUACUGCCAUCAACACCGUGUGUGGAGCUCCAGACCCCACAGCAGGCCCUUCAGCAUCUGACCAGAGCACCUGGUAUUUGGAUGAGUCGACCCUCAGCGACAACAUCAAAAAGACUCUGCACAAGUUCUGUGGGCCUUCACCUGUCGUCUUCAGUGAUGUUAACUCCAUGUACCUGUCAUCCACCGAGCCGCCGGCCGCCGCUGAGUGGGCGUGUCUGCUGCGACCUCUGAGGGGCCGAGAGCCAGAAGGCAUUUGGAACCUUCUGUCUAUAGUCAGGGAGAUGUUCAAGAGACGAGACAGCAACGCUGCCCCGCUGCUUGAGAUCCUUACUGAGCAGUGCCUCACCUAUGAACAGAUAAUCAGCUGGUGGUACAGUGUUAGGACUUCAGCAUCCCACAGCAGUGCCAGUGGCCACACCGGGCGCAGCAACGGCCAAUCAGAGGUUGCGGCUCACGCCUGUGCCAGCAUGUGUGACGAGAUGGUGGUUCUAUGGAGGCUGGCAGUGCUCGACCCCACUAUGAGCCCCUGCAGGCGCCUGGAACUGGCAGGUCAGCUGAAGCAGUGGCAUCUGAAAGUUAUAGAGAUAGUGAAGCGGGGACAACAUCGCAAGUCCCUGGAUAAAUUGUUUCAGGGCUUCAAGCCCGCUGUGGAGUCCUGCUAUUUCAACUGGGAGGUGGCCUACCCACUGGACGGCAUCACCUACUGCAGCGCUGAUAAGAAGAGUGCCACAUUCUGCUGGUCCAGGGCAGUGCAGCUCCAAAGAGGAGCCAAAGCUGCUGCAGCAGCGGGUGGAGAACCGUCUGAACCAGGGGGAGGGGUGAGAGUCGAAGGUGGAGCUGGGGGAGAUUACAAAGGUAGAGGUGGUGGUCACUCGUCCCAACAGGAGGUGGCAGUGCGACCCAAGGAGACCAUACUGACCAAGAGGAAGGGCCUGUCUGUAAGUGGAGGGGGAGGGAUGCUGGUCCGUCUUGGAGGGAGUGUAUCUCUGUCCCUGGAAGACGGAGGAGGGAAGUGCAUGUACAAAGGGCCAGGCUCCUCCUCUGGAGGGAAGCUGAAACUGACGCAGGGAGGUGGGAAGGGGGCAUCUGUAGGAGGUCCUGGAGGUAGUGGAGGGUUAGGAGGUAAGCAUGCCAGUGCCAAGCGGAGAACCAGCAGUGAGGACAGUUCCCUGGAGCCGGACCUGGCUGAGCUCAGCCUGGACGAUGGCUGCAGUCUAGCUCUGGGGGCUGAGGCCAGCAACACUUUUGAGUUUCUCCCCCCACCGCCAGAGAUGCUGCCCUCCCCGAGCCCCCUGCUUCGAGACUCACGCAAGUACAGCAGCAGCAGCGGGGGGAGCAAGAUGUUUGAAGCAAAGCGUGUCAGCCAUGCCUCGGCUACACUUACUGCUGCAGAGCCUGCUCCACCUUGCUUCCCUGCCAAAGAGACAGUGGUGGUUGUUAUGGACAUGCCCAACGCUGUAGAGAAGGAAGCAGAGCUGGAGGUGGAACCUGUCCAGAACAGGGAUGAAGACGUAGACUCAGCCGGCAGUAACCAGCCUUCCACCUCCAGCACUACAGCAAGAUCAGGUACCACGGAAACGUCCGCCAAGCCGCCACAGGGCCGCAGAGAGGCAGCACCUGCUGGUGCAGCAGCCGCAGGAGGACUAGCUAACCAAGGAGCAGAAGUGGCAGGAGAAGCUGUGGGUGAGGAUGACUAUCAGGCAUACUACCUGAAUGUUGCCUCAGAGGAGGGAGCAGACAGACAGCUGGUGGACAACCACCAGGAGGAGGAGCCAGACAUCUUCGCAGGGAUGAAACCGCUGGAGCAGGAGGGGCGCAUGGAGGUGCUGUUUGCGUGUGCCGAGGCCCUCUAUGCUCAUGGCUACAGUAACGAGGCGUGCCGGCUGGCCGUUGAGCUGGCCAGGGACCUGCUGGCCAAUCCACCCGACCUGAAAGUGGAGCAGCCACAGACAAAGGGUAAGAAGAGCAAGGUGUCAACCAGCCGUCAGACGCAGGUAGCCACCAACACGCUGUCCAAAGCCGCCUUCCUCCUCACUGUUCUCAGUGAACGACUGGAGCUCCACAACCUGGCCUUCAGCACCGGCAUGUUCUCCCUGGAACUCCAGAGACCGCCGGCGUCUACCAAAGCUCUGGAGGUGAAGCUUGCCUACCAGGAGUCGGAGGUGGUGGCUCUGUUGAAGAAGAUCCCUCUGGGCCUGGUGGAGAUGUCGGCCAUCAGAGAGAGAGCAGAACAGCUCAGAGACGGGAACUUCUGUGAUUACAGACCUGUGCUGCCUCUCAUGCUAGCCAGCUUUAUCUUUGAUGUGCUGUGUACCCCAGUUGUGUCCCCAACGGGUUCCCGUCCACCAAGCCGCAACCGUAACAACGAGAUGCCCGGUGAUGAGGAGCUGGGCUUCGAGGCUGCUGUUGCUGCACUUGGUAUGAAGACCACAGUUAGUGAAGCGGAGCAUCCUCUGCUGUGUGAAGGAACGAGACGGGUGAAAGGUGACCUGGCUCUGGCUCUUAUGAUCACCUAUAAGGAUGACCAGAGCAAGCUCAAGAAGAUCCUGGACAAGUUGUUGGACAGGGAGAGUCAGACCCACAAGCCCCAAACCCUGAGCUCCUUCUACUCCAGCAAGCCGGCAGCUGGCAGCCAGCGCAGCCCGUCCAAACACACUGCCGCCAGCCACGGUGGGGUGAGCGGGGCCACUGGUGGUGUCUCCAAACACGUGCCCUCAUCUUCAUCUGCAACCACUGUGGCAGCCUCUUCUACCAGCUCUUCCUCUGCUGUAGCGCUGGCUGGCGAAGAGGUGGCUCAUCAGGCUGAACUGAACCCAGUGCAGAAUAGUUCAGCAGGGGAGAGUACUGCUGAGACCAGGGAGCAUGUAUCAGAUGGGCCUCCUUCAUCAAGUGACCAGCAGAAUGAAACGGCUCCAUUUAAGCUGGAGGCCACAGUGCCCAGUCGGCUGGCACUGGGGGCACGCUGUGGAUACAGCCAACGCUGCUGGGGCUCACCUGUCCGGCAGAAGAAGAAACACACCGGCAUGGCGAGCAUCGACAGCAGUGCUCCGGAGACGACCUCAGACAGUUCCCCCACUCUCAGCCGGCGCCCGAUCCGGGGCGGCUGGGCAGCAACGUCUUGGGGGCGGGGCCAGGACAGCGACAGCAUCAGCAGCUCAUCAUCUGAUUCACUGGGCUCCUCCUCCUCCAGCGGCUCUCGCAGGGCAGGGGGCGGAGCCAGGGCCAAGAGCACCGAUACCAGCAGAGCGAUGGUGGUCUAUGAACAUACAUAUAGAACUGGAGUCGUAUCCAGGUACAAAGGGCGACGUCCCGAGUGCCAUGCCCCCCACGUGCCCAACCAGCCAUCAGAAGCUGCAGCCCAUUUUUAUUUUGAGCUAGCCAAGACGGUGCUGAUCAAAGCCGGAGGAAACUCCUCCACCUCCAUUUUCACCCAGCCCUCAGCCAGUGGGGGCCACCAGGGGCCCCACAGAAACCUGCACCUGUGUGCCUUUGAGAUUGGCCUGUAUGCUCUCGGCCUCCACAACUUUGUGUCACCCAACUGGCUGUCCAGGACCUACUCCUCCCACGUGUCCUGGAUCACUGGCCAGGCCAUGGAGAUCGGCAGCGCCGCCCUCAACAUUUUGGUGGAGUGUUGGGACGGUCAUCUCACUCCCCCAGAGGUGGCUUCCUUGGCCGACCGAGCGUCACGGGCCAGGGAUCCCAACAUGGUUCGAGCGGCGGCAGAGCUCGCCCUGAGCUGCCUGCCUCACGCUCACGCCCUCAACCCCAAUGAGAUCCAGAGAGCCCUGGUGCAGUGCAAAGAGCAGGACAAUGUGAUGCUGGAGAAGGCCUGCAUGGCAGUAGAGGAAGCAGCCAAGGGUGGAGGUGUGUACCCUGAGGUCCUCUUUGAGGUGGCUCACCAGUGGUACUGGCUAUAUGAGCAGUCAGUGGGUGGUGGGUCAGGCCAGCAGCGGGAGACCUCCGGGCGCUGUGGGGCCAACGGGGGUUCGGGCAGGAGGCCCCCAGAGUCCAGCUGCGUCGUCCUCGACGGUGGAGCCAACAUGGAGUCUGCAGGAAUGGCAACAGUCACGGCCUCAGUCACUGCAGCGGCCGUUGUACCCGUCAUAUCCGUGGGCUCCACAAUCUACCAGUCCCAUGCCAUGCCUGGACAGGCCAUGGCUCACCCCCACAGCCAGGGCCUACACCCUUAUACCACAAUCCAGGCCCAUCUCCCCACGGUCUGCACCCCGCAGUACCUGGGACACCCUCUGCAGCACGUCCCCCGACCCACCGUCUUCCCUGUGUCUGGGGCUGCAUAUCCACAGGUCAGUUUUCAUACAGGAAUGCACCCAGCCUUUAUCGGUGCCCAGUACCCAUUCUCAGUGGCUGCUGGCCCCCAGCCACCUAUGGCAGCCACUGCUGUGACGUUCCCUGGUGUCCCCGUACCGUCCAUGACUCAGAUCGCCGUCCAUCCCUACCACACUGAGACUGGCCUGCCCCUCAGCACCACUGUAGCAGUAGGCAGCGUCCACUCGGGCCCCACCAUCCAGGCCAUACAGGGAGCAUCUCUGCCCUCCCUCUCCUCCCAGCCCGGCUCACUGGUCAGCACACCUUUUCCAGCAGAGGACGAACAGCACAGCCAGCCAAUCAGCCAACAGGGCCUGCACUACCUGCAUUCUGCCUACAGAGUUGGCAUGCUGGCAUUAGAGAUGCUGGGCAGAAGAGCUCACAACGACCACCCCAACAACUUCUCCAGGAGCCCACCUUACACUGAGGACGUCAAAUGGCUGCUGGGACUGGCCGCAAGACUAGGAGUCAACUAUGUGUACCAGUUCUGUGUUGGAGCAGCAAAAGGCGUCCUCAGCCCGUUUGUCCUGCAGGAGAUCAUCAUGGAGGCCCUGCAGAGGCUUAACCCCGCCCACAUCCACGCCCACCUCCGAACACCUGCUUUCCACCAGCUCGUCCAGCGCUGCCAACAGGCCUACCUGCAGUACAUCCACCACCGGCUCAUCCACCUGACGCCCGCGGACUAUGACGACUUUGUCAACAUCAUCCGCAGCGCUCGAGGUGCUUUCUGCCUGACGCCCGUGGGCAUGAUGCAGUUCAAUGACGUGCUGCAGAACCUGAAGCGAGGCAAGCAGACCAAGGAGCUGUGGCAGCGCAUCUCCCUGGAGAUGGCGACCUUCUCCCCCUGAGUGCGCCGCUCAGCAGGAGUGUGUGCUGGGCUCGGGCUCAGAGAAGUCCCACCCAGCAUCAACUCAGCCUCCAGCAUUGCUACUGCCAUUGCACUGAGCGGGCCACAUCCAUGCUGUCUGGUUCUGCCGGGGACCCUGCGCCCUGUUGCGUGGACUCACAAACAUACAGCACACAGGCAGUACAAUCAGCUCCCGUACCCCCACGCCCCACAGAGACUUCCUUUUUUUUUAUGUGUGUUCGUCCACGCCGAGCUCCGAGGAGAAGCCUCCCCGCUCUCCUCCGCUCGCGACAGACUCCUCACUCUCGUUUUAUCAUGGUUCAUGUUUGUGUAACUGUGGAAUUAAAAGUGUACUCCUUCCUUUCUUCA